AUGCACCCAUUCAAUAGCAAACUGCAACCCUUCAAUGAAGCGGAUUAUCUUCGCACUUUGCCUUCAAUUAGGGAACGAUGCUCUGAGGUAUUCGAGCUAGCCAAGGAUGGCCAACUGCAGUUCUUCGACUAUCACCCGGAGAAGGAAGGGCACGUUGUGGACUUUUGUGUUUCACUGAUUCAGCGUGACUAUGGUAGCGACUACGCUUCUAUCCCACCGCACGGAAGAUGGAGACACUUUGAUGUUGGAGGGCAUAAGCGAGUUGACAAUCUCUUAAGAACAUGGAGGGCAGACGCACUGGGAAUCGACCAAGAAGAAAUAUGCAAGCGGCUCCUGGACUUGUUCUUAAUAUCGGUCUUGUUAGACGCCGGUGCCGGCGAUGCAUGGAAGUACCGAGAGACUAGCUCUGGUGAGAUAUAUACGAGAUCCGAAGGUCUAGCUAUCGCCAGCCUGGAAAUGUUCUCGUCUGGUCUUUUUUCCGGUCAAGGCUCCCCCUAUCUUGUGGAUGCGGACGGUUUGGAACGCCUGACUCUGGAACAAUUCUCGAAUGCAAUGCAGGUCGACCUUUCGACCAAUCCUUUGGCGGGAUUACAAGGUCGAUAUUCCCUCUUGUCUAAACUGGCUGAGGCACUCCGUUCUCAUUCUGAUUUUUUUGGGGGCCAAGCCAGACCUGGCAACUUGCUAAAUUUCCUUGAUUCUCAGAGACGGAAUGAGCGAGACAACCCAAGAUCCUCACUUCAUGUCAUGUUUCUGUGGCGUGUGAUAAUGGAGGGAUUGGCGUCCAUUUGGCCCGCUACUCGCACCAGGCUUGCUGGAGUCUCUCUUGGCGACGUGUGGCCCUGCGGGGCUCUUCAACUUGCUUUGCGGCGAAAGCAAGGCCCAGAUGUUCCUGCAGGAGAAGAUCUUGUGCCUUUCCACAAACUCAGCCAAUGGCUCUGUUAUUCAUUGAUCGAAGUGCUACAAUCUAUCAUGGAUUGGGAGAUUGAUGGAACAGAAGACAUGACGGGACUUCCAGAGUAUCGCAAUGGGGGCCUCCUUGUUGAUUUCGGUGUUCUAUCGCUGAAGUCAGCUUCUCUAUAUGACCCUCAUGGAGGCCUGCCCAGAUUUCCAGCCUCUCACCCUGCAAUAAUUGAAUGGCGAGCCAUGACGGUGAUCGAACUUGAUCGCAUUGCAAACGGGGUUCGAUCUCAACUCUUGGGAGGCAGUGUGAGGCUGUCCUUGGCUCAGAUAUUGGAAGGUGCGACCUGGAAGGGGGGGCGAGAGAUUGCCAAGGUAAGAAGGGUAAACGGGGGACCGCCGAUCGAAAUUGAGAGUGAUGGGACCGUGUUUUGA